AUGCACCAUGCCCGAAGAGUUGAGAUCGAAAGGAACGUGGAGGCCCUGUUGCGGGAGAAGAUCCAAAAGAAGAGAAAACCGGAGAAGUUGGAGAAGGAAGACUCACUGAGCUUCGAUGAGAUUGAGCGAGAGAUGGCUGAUCGCUACAACCAGGCGUUCGAGGAGGCUGGCGGCAUAGAUGAGGUGCAGUGCCAUGUGGGUGAAGUGAAUGAGCUGGCCCGAAAGUACCACCGCGGGCGCAUUCGGCAGGACGCAGGCAUCGAAAUCCUCGGCUUGAAAGCGCUGUACGAUCUCAACACCUUCUGGAUGGAGAAGUUCAACCUCGAGGUCCAACGCAUCGCAAGCCACACAAUCGGAAUCGCCCAGAUCCCGCCGCUGAAGGGCUACAGCCGGGCCCGCACCAAGGUUCUCACACGCUACGGCAACGACUGCGGCUGCCUGACUGAUGUCAUGCGCGCCUCCGUGAUCUACAACAGCAUCGAGGAGGUCUACAGCGCUCUGCGCUAUCUCCUGCGUGAAGAUGCGCUGAACCCACGACCCGACCUGGCUGUUGUGGAAGUGAACGACAGGUUUCAAAAUUGUCGCGAGGGCUAUAGAGACAUCAGUCUCCUCUUCGACCUGAGUGGUGUAAUCUGUGAGCUCCAGCUGCACAUCAAGGGCAUCAUCGAUGCCAAGAAGUCGGGAGGCCACAAAGCUUACCGAGUGCAGCGGGAGGUGAACGAGCUGGUUUUCGAGGCUUCCGUCCAAAACAGCGCGCAGGACUUGUCAAACCUCAUGAAGGCAUAUGACAUUCGUCGGCACAGCACGCGCGACAAGAACGGCCGCUCCUCUCUACACUACGCCGCUCAGCACGGCUCCUUGAGCUCCGCUCGUGUUCUCCUCGCCACCGGGAGCGACCCAUGGGCUGAGGAUGACGCAGGAGUGAUACCUUUCGAAGUCGCCUUGAAGGGGAAGUACUUCGAUGCAGCAUCCAUGCUCCUCUCCGCCAUGCUCCAGCAGGAACCCAUCAGUCGGGGCUGUCUAGCACGUCUGGCACAGCACGUCGUGCCCUGGUGGUGCGGAAACGUUGUAUGCCUACCCUUCGCCGAUCCAGAUCUGAUGCGCUGGCGAGACAUCGGACGUUUGAUGAUGGAUGUCCUCCGCAGAUACAAGGCCAUGAACCUGCUUGAAGAUGUGCUCACUGGUGCAGCGAAGAGGGGCGCUGCGGCGACUUUGCGGGCGCUUCUCAGUGCUGGAGCGGACCAAGUGCUGGGUAGUGGGAAAGAGUCGCUGUGCGACUAUGCCUUGAGGACGGGCCAAAUCGAUUUGGUGAAGAUGUUGGUUUGCAUGCGACUCGGCGAUGGCACCCCGGUCGGGGCCCACUGCUUCAAGGAGUCGGUCCACUCCCACCUGAAGUUGGCAGCUCAGGCGCAGGACUCGGCCUAUGCGAAGGCCGCGCUGGCUGCGUCCGCAGAUCCUCGCCAGGUCUCCGCGCGAAGUGUGGGCAAGAGGACACCUCUCAUGUGCUUCGCGGCUGGCGGCGAUCUGGAAGUUUGUCAGGCAUUGGUGGAGAGCGGUCACCCUGACCUUUCACCUCACAUCUUCAACGCGAAACUCCAAGAAUCCCCGCAUGAGCCCAAACUCCAGAACUCGUGCUUCGCAAUUGCACUCUACACCCAGUUCGACAAGGCCAGCAAGUCCUGCCCUACCAUCGUUUACAAAUUCCUGCGAGUCGCUCUACAUUCCUGUUGA